CUUUUAAGCCACCGACGUCGGCGCGCUGCUGGUGGCGACUGCGGUUUGGCUGCUGCUUGUCUUAGUUCUUUAAGUCCGUCGUUGGCCGGGCUCCUCUUCAGUUCGUGCUGACCAUCGUACCCGUGCGGACGUUCCAAGCUCAGAGACCCGAUCCGAUCCAGACGUUUCUCGUGUAGUGUGGCUGCACUUUGCACUAUUUGGCUCUACCAAAAACACCCCAAAACAGCAAAAGCCAAGCAAAACAUUUUGAAAUUUUCAAUGAAAAUCUGAAAAAAAGAUCAAGUUACGCGGCGCGAGUGCAAAUCAAAACGCAAAAAAAAAAAUAAAAAAAAAUAAAGAGAAAAAAGGAAAACCAUAUAUUAACGACUGCAACGAGGAGUACCAGUAAAAACCUCAACAGAUCUCAACGGAAAGCCACACACAGAAACAAAAAGAGAGUCUUCUUUGGCCUGCAACUGCAACAGAUCCCCGAGGCAGCAGCGCUUCUCUGGGAGCUUCAAGAAGCGGCACAAUGACAGCGACUGCGACAGCAGCGCCCGCGUCAGCAUCAGCAUCGGCAUCGGCAGCGGCAGCGGCGAGAAAGCAACCUGCAACAAUCGCAAUGCUCAAUGGAAACGCUUUUACGGUUAAGCGGCUCUUAGCGCUGCUCAUCAUCUUCACAGUGCUGCACAGGAGUGAGGCCCUGGAGCUCGGAGACAAGUGCCAGCAUGAUAUGGACUGUACAGAUUUCAUCAAGGGCUCCAGCUGCUCGGCCCUGGGCUACUGCGAGUGUGCGCCAUAUUUUGUUCAACUGAAUUCCAAGCGCUGUUUGUCAUCCCAACUCUUAGGCGGCGACUGCCAGCUGAGCGAGCAGUGCUCGAUGAAGGUGGCCAACAGCAGCUGCCUGGAUGGGGCAUGCCGCUGCGUCGAGGGAUUCUUGCAGUUCCGCAAGCACACCUGUCUGGGACCUGCCCACCCCGGCGCCGUCUGCUACAGCCACGCCCACUGCCAAAUGUUCGACACUCGCACCCACUGCGACUUCCUGAUCCCCAAUCUGUUCGGACGCUGCCAGUGCACGGCUCCCGCCAAGAUGGUCGGCGGUCUCUGCCUGGCCCCAGCCGCCGAUGAGGAAGCGGAAGAGAAGCCCGUCGUGAAGGUGGAGAAGGUGACAUCCACAACAACAUCCACAACCACCACCCCAGAGCCCACAACCAGGAGAACCACUACUACCACAACGACAACUCCUGCACCCACCACCACAACGACCACAACUGCUGCUCCAAUCUUGCUGGAGGAUGAGCUGCCAGCCAGCGUGGAGGAGCAGACCCUGGAGGAAGACGACGGCGAGGCCGCCAAACUGAGGCCAGAGAUCUCCGAGCUGGACAAUGGCGAAAAGCUGGAGGCCAUAGACAUGGCCCACGAGGAGACAGAGCUUACCCAGCAGCAGGAGCAGCAGGAUGCGGAGAAGGAACAGCAAGAAGCUGCUGCUGCUGCUGCGGCAGCAUCGCAUGGCACAGCUGAAGAUGGUGCCACAACUGGAGUCCAACAGCUGCUGACACCCGCCGAUGUGCCCACCGAGAAUGGCGUCGGUGUGGAGCAGGAGACGGAAGGCGGCCCCACCGAGGACUAUCCCUACAAGAUCGAUGAGGAGUAUACAGAGGAGCACGAAAGCAGGCCCGAUCUGGUGGGAGAACAGCCCGAACACCAAUACGAGGCAUCAGCACCCGCACCCGAACCCAUUAAAGCCGACGAGGAUGCUGUGGAGGCCUCGGGGGCUGAAGAGAUUGCCUCAUCGCCCGUCGACGAUACCAUGAAAUUCGAUUACGAAACGCCCGUCGAGGAGGCGGAGAUGGAGGCUGACAAAGAGGUGGAGUCGCAACCACAGACAGUAGACCAUCAUGAUGUUGAUGAGGUGGUGCCCAUUGAGGCCGAGAGCGAGACUGAUGCGGAGGCAACCACUCAGCCACAGACGCAGACACAGACCCAGACCCAGACGCUGCUGCAGAAUGAAGACGACCAGGAGUCAGACCAGACAGUGGCUGACGAGGAAUUGAUACCCGUGAAUGGAGCUGUAGCUAGCGGAGCAGAAAUUGAAAGUGUGACGAAGGUGACAGAAGAAGAGGUACCUGAAGAGGCGGAGGAGGAGGAGGAGGAGGAAGAUCAAGCUUCGGGGGAUCAUGAGAUGGAGACGCCAGACGCCACGGCAGUGCCUAAUGAUGAGGUCCCACCCAAGCAGAUGGACGAUCAGCAGGAGAAGGAGGAGCCAACAGAAGCGCUGAAGAUCGAAGUGCCGGCAAAGGUGGAACCAGAGAGUGAAAGCCAAAACGAAGCGGAAAAGGAACAGCCUGAGGAGGAGCAGGUGGAGGAGGAAGAGGUGGAGAAGCCAGAGACACAAACCGAAGCCGCAGAAAUGGAGCCAGCAACAGAAGCUGAACCAGAACCAGAGCAGCAACCAGAGGAGGAGCCAGAGCCAAAGCCAGUGGCAGAGAUGGAGCCAGAGACGGAGACGGAGACUGAAAUCGAUCAACCAGAACAAAGCGCCGACAUCAAGCCGACAAGUGGCGAAGAUGAUUUAAAUGAAGCCAAUCAAUUAAAUCAAGAUCAAGACCAAAAGCCACAGGCACAGCCAGAGAUUGCGAUCGAGGCUGAGAAGGGGGAGGAGAAUGUGGAAGAGAAAGAGCCAGAACCAGAGGCAGACGCAGACGCAGAGGCAGACCAAGAGCCCGAGCCAGUGGAAGAGAUGCAGAUCCAUCAAGAUGCAGAUGAAGCCACAACAGAGCCACAACAAAUCAAAGUGAAACCAGUCGAAGAGGAGAAGCAACAGCCAGAGGAAGACACUGAAACGGAGACGGUGGCAAUCACCGAAGCAGAGCACGAACAAUUGACAUACCCAACAAAUGAUGAUGAAUUGGCGCCAGCCGAGUCCCAGCCAGAGGAAGAGCCAGCGCAAGAGCAGGAGCAGCAGACCACAGAGGCGGCACCCCGUGAACCAGAAAUUUCUAAUGUCCAAGAGGAGAUCGCCACAGAGCUGCCUGAACAGCAACAGGUGGAGCAAGAAGCAGAGGUGGAGGCAGCGGCAGAGGCAGAGGCAGAGGAGGAGAUCGUGGAGGAAAAUGCAAAUGCAAUUAAAACGCCUGAAGUGUCGGAAGAAGUUGCAGAGCCCGAGGCACAGGCAGAGCAGAGCCCAGAAGAGCUGCAAACCGAAUCAGUGACAGAGAAGGACGCAGAAGUAAAGCCACAGGCCGUUGCUAAUGAUGAGGUGUCGCAGGUGGAUGUGAAUCAAGAUGUAGCACAGCUGCCAAUUAAGACACCUGAAGAUAUUGAGCCGGAAGCCAGCGAAGCUCUGACAGAGAUCACUCCAUCAUCGGAUCUGGAAACCGAAGUCCAAGACGAAACUGUCACCGAACGCAGUGAAAGUGCAGAGGAGCAGCCGGAAAGCCAGAAAGAUGAAACGGAAACCAUCAAAAACGAAAAUGAUAACAUCAUCCAAGGAGCCGAACCGAAUGUCGAUCAAGAAACUAUUCCAGAGCCCGAGCUCGAGCCAGCGGCACAGUCAGAGCCACAGCAUGUUGUCCCCGAAGAAGAGGAAGAGCUGAUCAAGCCAGAGAUGGACUACACCAGCAUCGAGCACCUCCAAGAGCUGCCCAAGCAGGAGGACGAGCCCAAGCCAGUUGUCAUUGAAGAGGCGGAUUACACCCAAGCGGAGACGGAGACAGAGACAGAGCCAGAGACAACUCCCGCACAGGAGGCAUCCAACGACGAUGAUGAUGAAGCCACCGCCGAGUCCACUGUGGCCCCUCAGAUCAGUGUGGAGCCCAGUGCGAUUGUGAGCGAGGAGCAGGACCAGGAACAAGAUCUGGAGAAGUUCCAUGAGAGCGAGAGCAUUGCCGACAUCCUCAGCGACCUGAUGCUGGAGGGAGACAGCACCGUUCCUCCAGUGCCCUUCGGCCAGCAGCCCGCUCAGACCGUGCCAAUGGUAGAGGCCAACGAGGAUAACGAGGAGGCCCAAGCGGAAGAGGCUAUUCCCGAUCUCGUGGCAGAGGCCGAUGAAACACACGAUCAGGUGCAUGUCGAGCAGGUCCAGGCCCCAAAUCAGACAGAGGAGCAAGUUCCCGCCAUUCCAGAUCUCUUUGCGGAGGCAGCAAAUGAUGAAGAGCAGGAGGAGGAUCAGGCCACACCCAUUCCCGAACAGGCAGCAGCGGAAGAGGAGCCCCAGCAGGAAUCCACCACGGAUGCCAAGGUGCAAGCGGAUGAAGAGAAGCUGAUUACCUUCUAUCCAGAGGAACAGCAGGAGACCGAAUCGAUUCCAGAGGAAGCCACCACCGUUAAGGAACCCCAGACACAGGAGCAGCAGCAGCAGCAAGAGGAAGAGGAGCACACCUUGUCUCCCGAGGAGCUACCCUUCGACCUCAGCGAUCACUCUCAGCCCAUUCGCAUCAAUGAGCUCGAGUCGGACAACCUGAUUGUAGAGUCCACCACCGUCACCGAUGGCAUCCAUGAGCUGUUCAGCAACCACAUCGAAGAAGAGCCUGCCUCCCAUCCCAUCGCCCAUGAGGAGGCUACGCCCAAUCCCGCCGACAUCGUGGAGAUCACCACCCAGACGAUGCUGGGCCUGGCUAGCCGUGUGACCCUAAUGGAGCCCGCUGCCCCCGUGGCUACCACCCUGAUGCCCCUGAUGCCCUCAGAUGAGCCCACACCCGAGCCAGUGGUGCCGGCCUUCUCUUCGUCCUUGCUCAAACCUGGAUCGGAGCUGCGCAAGCGCGUGGAUCUCGGCCUGGAGGCCAUCUCCCUGGGCCUGCCCUGCAGCAGCGAUCGUCAGUGCCAGCUCUCGGAUCCCCACACGGUGUGCAAUGGACGGGGAGUCUGCGACUGUGCCGGUAGCAGCGAGAACGGAGGCCAAUGCAGUGCCCAGAGAACAGGAUGCAGUCCGGGAACAUUCCAGUGCCGCUCCAGUGGCGUCUGCAUCUCCUGGUUCUUUGUGUGCGACGGACGCGCCGACUGCAACGAUGACUCCGACGAGGAGUGCACCCACAAUGCCCGCCUGAACCAGACCUGUCCCACGGAGUCGUUCCGCUGCCAGCGCAGCGGUCGCUGCAUCUCCCGCGCCGCUCUCUGCGACGGACGCAAGCAGUGUCCCCACGGCGAGGAUGAGCUGGGAUGCGACGGCAGUUUCAAGGGCGGCAACGCCUGUCCCGAGCACACGUUCCGCUGCAAGAGCGGCGAGUGCCUGCCGGAGUACGAGUACUGCAACGCCAUUGUGUCCUGCAAGGAUGGCAGCGACGAGCCGCCACAUCUGUGCGGCUCUCGGUCCGUGCCCAGCCUGUUCAUGCGUCUGAUCGAGGCGGGUGGCCUUCUGGGUGGUGGACGCCGCGAGGCGGACGCCUAUUGUCCGCAUCGUUGCAGCAACGGACUGUGCCGCUCUACGGCCAUUGUGUGCUCCGGACGCGAUGGAUGCGGGGAUGGCACCGACGAACAGACCUGUGCCGUGUGUCGUUGUCCUGCCCCAACUGCUGCCAGCCUGCCCGGAUAUCUGGCCCGGCAGCGCCCCAUGCCACUGUGGUAGGGGACAUAGGAUAGGAAUCGGAAACCAAUUAUCCAACACCGACUGCAACGUUUUGCCACACUAUUCUUCGAGCUUUCCAACACUAUCUGUCGCACAACCCCCGCAUAUUCGAGACGAUUUUUUGCCUAGCAUUUAAGUUGAUUUUUUAACAAAUUAUUUAUUUAUUUAUUAUGAUUUUAGCUGCGCCCUUGCCACGCCCAAUUGCCACCUUGCUAUCAAAGGGCUCCCCCCUUUGAGCCAGUGAUGUUUGUCAAUUGAGCCACUGGACGCAUCCCUAAAAGUCCCAUAUCCCCCCUGCCCCCACACAAACACACACACUCAAACACCCAUUUCGACUAUUUAUUCUACUCAUCCCGACCAUCGAACUAAUUUUUUUUGUACCUUCAUGCCCAAAAGGAACCACACUACUCUAUCACCCACACACGAACACACGAAAACACACAAACAACAAUCUUCAUUUAGUUUAGUUUUAUGGAAUUUUCUAAUCUAAUUUAUUUAAAUUAUUGGCCCGGCAAACCCAGAAACGGAAACAGACACAGAAAAAAGGGAACUAAGCGAAAAUCCCCCAUUAAAUUGAUGCAUUUUUAUCGAUUAAUUUUUUGUAAAUAAGUAAACAAUUGUUCGAUGUACACGAUAAACGAUAAACGACAUUGACUAUGCAGAAACGUAAGGCAUACAAUCCCGGGCAGCCAACCAUCAGAUCAUAUCCCCUAUAUCUUAUUAUAUGUACUGUAUGUAUUGUAUGUAUUUAGGGUACGACCCGAUCACCGGGCGGCACUCACACAGAUUUUCUCAAAGUCAAGAAGCAUCACAAUAAAAUAAAUAAAGUCCAAUCCAUUGAAGCAGGCGAAAAAUGCAUCAAAAAAGAAAUGACAAUAAAAAGAAACAAAAUC